AUGUCGAAUGCUUUGGAUGCCCAAUUCCCUCCGCUAGGGUCGUCUCCUCCGCAGAUGGUCCCGGGAAAGUACGAUGCAGGGAAUGCCUGGCCGUUUCAAUGGGAGCACCAGGCGAAUUACCAGGCCUACGGCCAGUACACUGAUGCCGAAUGGCAACAGUGGGCGGCCGCCUGCAGCACACAAGCUGUGUCUUACUACCCGGACCAGUCGCACAGAUCACAGAACCAAGGCGGCAACUCGCAGUCGAAGCAGAGGAAUGCGCCCAAAGGCGACAACGGGCGGCGGUGGAAGUCGGGGGACAAAAAGGGCAAGCCAGGUACUGCCAAGGACCAGCCGAAAGCCACGCUUGUUGAAGUGGAAGCGAAGCCACUGAGUCGGGCCGAAGCAUUUGCUGAUGCCAGCGGCGCGAAAGGGAGCAAAUCGGCAGGAGGAUGGGGAGACGGUCUCACGCGUGACGUGAAGAUUUCAAAGACGUUGACUCAAAUUCUCCGGCACAAAGCACCCGAGCUGGGGUUAGGGAUCCAGCCCGAUGGCUACUGCUUGCUGGAGGAGGUGCUAGCCUGCCCAUGGUUAAAGGAGUUGGAUGCCACGUGGGAUAUCGUUCAAAAAGUUGUCCAGAAGAGCGACAAGAAGCGCUUCGAGCUGCAGGAGGUGGACGGACAGCUCUACAUCCGCGCGGUGCAGGGGCAUUCUAUCAAGGUCAUAGAUGAUGACAAGCUGCUGAAGAAGCUAGAGCGAGCAGACGAGCUACCGAAGGAUUGCGUGCACGGCACCUACCGCCGGCACUUUGAAUCAAUCCGCAAGGUGGGCUUGUUGGCCGGAGGAGGUCAAGGUCAGGGCUUCCGCAACCACGUGCAUUUCGCACCGUAUGCGCCGGGCGACAAGCGAGUCAUUUCGGGCAUGCGAUACGAUUGCGAGAUUGCGAUAUGGAUCGACCUCAAAAAGGCCAUUGCUGAUGGAGUGCCUUUUUACAUCAGCGCGAACCAAGUGAUUCUCAGCCCCGGCAUCAAGGGGAUCAUCGACAAGAAGUACUUCCUGAAAGCUCGGGAUCUGCAGAAGAAGGAGGACCUGAAGCUUCAGGUCGCAGAUGAAGCGCUUCUCCCUGGAAUGCAGUGA